CGUUGGAAAUUCGUCGAAAGAGUCGCUACUUUGUGUGGAAGAGAUCGGUUGAUUUCAACAUGAAAAUCGAAUGGGCUCCAUUACGAGUUCCUCUGGCUCGUCGUCUCCAGACUCUAGCCGCGGCUUUCUUCACCUAUACUUUCUUCACGCUGCCCAUAUCAUCCUGCCUUACAGUUGCUGUCCUGCUGUAUUACGGUGGACUCAUUACUCGCAGUCUGCUGGUAAUCUAUUUUGUAAAAAUGUAUUUGGACUACAAGAAAAACUUUGGCACCAUGGAGGGUAAUGGCUGGUUAUUUUACCGCAGUGUUCGGAAAUAUCGAAACUACUUUCCCGUCGAACUUGUCAAAACCGCUGAGCUGCCAGCAAACAAAAAUUAUAUUGUGGCAAGCUUUCCUCAUGGAAUUCUGGGAACUGGAACUUGUGUUAACAUGGGCAUGGACAUCACAAAUUGGCUGGAACUGUUUCCCCACGUUCGGCCCAAGAUAGGCACCUUGGAUCAUCAUUUUAAGACCCCUCUUUUACGUGAUAUAGUGCGUUGGUGGGGCAUGGUGUCCGUUUCCAAAGAGUCGCUGGCUUAUUUACUGACCAAGUCAAAUGAUCCCGCACACAACGACAAUCGGGAUGGUUUUACAUCCAAUGCGGUGGCUGUACUGGUUGGUGGGGCCCAAGAGGCUAUGGACUCACAUCCUGGACAGUAUAUUUUGACCCUGAAGAAUAGGAAGGGUUUCGUCAGAAUGGCCAUUCGGACGGGCUCAUCGAUAGUACCCUCGUUUUCCUUUGGCGAGGUGGAUAUUUUUGACCAGGUGGCCAAUCCUCCGGACUCCUUACUGCGUCGUUUUCAAAAUGUGGUCAAAAAAUUCACUGGAAUUUCACCGCUCCUUCCCAAGGGUCGCGGUAUCUUCAAUUACAACUAUGGGAUACUGCCCUAUCGCCGACGUAUUGUCCAAGUUGUGGGGUCCCCCAUCGAUGUGGUGAAAAGCGACAGUCCCCAUGCCGAAUAUGUGGACGAGAUCCAUGGACAGGUGAUGGCGGCGCUGGAGAAGAUGUUUGAGCAGCACAAAGAGGAGUACAUACCAAACUCCAAGCAGAUCAAGCUGGUUAUUCAUUAACUGAGAAGGGCUAUGUGAUUUUAACAGAAUUUAGGAAUCUUUUUUAAACUCCAAAAAAAACAGAUUAUGAUUACUUUUAACGAAAGCGUAUGUUGUUUUUUUUUUUCUUUUAUUAAUUACCAAUUAAAUUUGUUACCUUGUAUGUACUUAUAUAUACAAAAAGAACAAGGAGCUGGAUUUUCAUA